GCGGCGGUUUGUUUAAAAAGACAGUUUAUGUGCAUGAUGGACCCGUUGUACAUGGCUUUAAGCUCGUAUCGCAGGCGAAAAUAUGACCAGUGUGCAUCACUUUGCACAGAAUUACUGGAGAAAAAUCCAUACGAUCAGGCCAUAUGGACACUUAAAAUGAAAGCCUUGACAGAACAAGUGUAUGUGGAUGAUAUAGAAGCUGAAGAGGAGGGCAUGGCGGAUGCUAUACUGGACGAUGAUAUCAUAGCCCAGGUUCCUCGCCCUGGAACUUCGCUCCGCACAUCAUCUCAAGUUCAGCGUGGUGUCAGCCAGGGUCAGAGGCCACUGACACAAACUGGUCGUCCACUGAGUGGAGUUGUUCGACCAGGUACUCAGACAAGUCGGCCAGAAACUAUUGAACAGGCUCUGAAAACUCCACGCACUGCACGGACAGCUAGACCAGUGACAUCCCGCUCUGCACGAAGUGUGCGUUUGGGAACAGCAUCCAUGUUGACAGAACCAGGUGGACCCUUCAUACAAAUUUCGAGACUAAAUCUUGGAAAAUACGCUGCUAAUCCUUCCAUCGCUAAACCUCUUUUUGAAUACCUGUUUUACCACGAGAAUGAUGUGAGACAUGCUAUGGAACUUGCUGUGCAGGCAACUGAGGCCUCUUUGUUCAAAGACUGGUGGUGGAAAGUACAACUUGGGAAAUGUUACUUUGUAAUGGGCCUGAUGCGAGAUGCAGAGCAACAGUUUCGUUCAGCUCUGAAGUGUCAACAGACAGUUGAGACAUUUUUGAGGUUGGCAAGGGUUUAUAUUCGUCUGGAUCAGCCUCUGACAGCACUCGAUGUUUGCAAGACAGGACUAGAGUACUUUCCUAAUGAAGUGACACUUACAACAGAAAUAGCCAGGUUGUUUGAGGGCAUGAACAAGAUAACAGUCUCUGUAAAAUAUUAUAAAGACAUUCUGAAGGAAGAUGCCACCCAUGUUGAGGCUAUAGCAUGCAUAGGGAUGCAACACUUUUAUACAGACCAACCAGAGGUAGCUCUUCGAUUUUACAGACGUCUGCUGCAAAUGGGAGUAUACAAUGCAGAGCUUUUCAAUAAUCUUGGACUCUGUUGUUUUUAUGCUCAGCAAUAUGACAUGACACUGACAUGCUUUGAGCGAGCUUUAAAUUUAGCAACAGAUGAAGUAAUUGCUGAUAUAUGGUAUAAUAUUGCACAUAUAGCAAUUAUGGGUGAUCUGCAGACUAGCUACAUUGUUAUACAGAAAGCUCUUGAAGCAUAUCCUUGCCACACAGGCUCCCAAGAACUACUAAACUCGCUUCAGCGGCAUUUUGCAUUUAUUUAAAUUUUAUGAAAUUACAUUUCGUAUAGUGGCUCAGUGAGUAAGUGUUAGACUUUAUUUGGAGGUGCAAGGUUCAAUCCUCACUCAGGCAAACAAUAUUUUCUGUUCACAGAAAUUGCAGGCCUGCAGCCAGAUGAGGUUUACUACACUUCAUGCUAUUUUGACUGGAAACCUGUCAGUAAUCCUCAUGUGAACCAUCAAAGACUGCAAGUGUACAGUCGAAAUAUUGUGGAGUAUAAUAAAUCUCAUUUAACAUUCAGUUCACGGGGAAAAUUUUAAAAUUCACAUCUUUUUUCUGUCACUUACAGCUUCUUUCACCUGUAAAGUUGCACCAUGGUUCUUGGGCCACAUUAAAUUGUAAGACCCCAUAUAACUGGCCGCAUAAGUCUGUUUAAAGGUCAAGGAAGGCAAGGGGGUAGCACAUCCAGCCUUGUAAACCACUAUCAUAUUCAAAACAAUUUGUAAAAAUUUUGCUUGUCGUGUUGUGCUCUCAUCUAGUCAAAAACCUUGGUUUAAUUCGGUGUGAUGAAUAUAUUUCAUGAUACAUAUUCCAAGCUCAUGUUUCUUUCUAAAGAUAGCUAUUAUGGCUGCCUGCUCGCAGAAGUUAUACCCAUCAAAUCUGGUUUGCAGUGCUAAUUAGGAUCCAGAACUAAACUAUUUUCAUAAAUAAAACACCCAUUAGUGGUGAUAUUAUAAUUUAUAUGUAUUGUUAGUUGAGUUCUAGCUUGCAAAGCCAGAGAGAAUUAGCUAUGCAACAGGAUGCAAGUUUUUAAUGAUUCACAAUACUGCAAAUGAAGUGUCAUAUGGAAGCAAAUGAGUAACUAUCUUAUCAUUGUAACCUUGAUAUGUGCCCUAUAAAUUACAGUUAAAAUUAUUAAUUUAUAAAUACAAUUAAAAUACUAUUGUUCAUCCAGAUCAUUCGAUUUUUUAUAUGUUUAUUGCUCUAUCUUGUGCUGUGAUGACUUGAGUCACCAGCAAAAGAGUAAAUAGAGCUGCAGAUAUGUUUUACCUGCAAUUUCUAUACCCAUUCUCGUGUGUUUAGGAGACUGUUUCCUGAGUCUCUAUGUACGUACAGUGAAACCCCACUUUUACACUUUUCAAGGGACUUAAAAAAAUGGUAUAAAAUGUGGGAUGUGGAAAAUAACAUUUUGAGUGGCAAAAGUUACUUAUAGAAUCCCCUUUUGCAUUUUUGCACGAUAUAUGUAUGUAGAAGGCAUCAAAAUACUUGUCAGGGACUUGUUUAUUAUCUAAUAAAGUUAUUGCAGCUGGUAACUGCCUGAGAAGUAGAAACAAUUACUAACAAAGAGAUAGAGGGGCUGGCCAGUACUUACCUCAGCUCAGUACAGCCGAUAGAAACACAAAAAACAACCGAAAAUUUAAGCUCCUAGCUUUCGGAAUAAAUGUUCCUUCAUCAGGGAGGAGAGAGGGGAAAGAAAGGGAAGGAGGGAAAGUGGAUUUAGUUACUCACAACCCAGGUUAUGAAGCAACAGGGAAAGGAAAACAGGGAAGGUAGCAAGGAUGGAGGCAUGGUUGUCAGAGGGAAGCUUUGAUGUAAACACUUUGGACGCCGCUAAGAUUUGGACAAUGGCUGUAACUCUGAAAACAUAUUUUUGUCUCCAACCUUUAUUUGUUUCAAAGACAUUAAUAAUGGAAUGACAAGU